AUGGAUAGAUUUACAGUUGCAGGAGUGCUAACGCAAGUUCAGGAAUUUUUCUCCAUCAAUGAUGCGCAGGCUGGCUUAUUGCAAACUGUAUUUACAGUAUUUUACAUGUUUGUUGCACCGCUUUGUGGUUUUCUUGGAGACCGAUGUAAUCGCAAAUGGACGAUGACUGUUGGAAUAGCCAUUUGGAUUCUGUCUGUCUUGGCAUCAUCUUUUGUACCAAAGAAUAUGUUUUGGUUAUUUUUGCUUCUUCGAGGUGUAGUUGGUAUUGGUGAGGCGUCUUAUGCUACAAUUGCACCAACAAUAAUUGCUGAUCUUUAUACAAGCUCCAUGCGAAGUCGAGCCCUUAUGAUUUUUUAUUUUGCGAUUCCUGUUGGAAGUGGUUUGGGAUACAUGACGUCUUCAAAUAUUUCAUCGUGGUUGAAAAGUUGGCAAUGGGGCGUACGUGUGACGCCAUUUCUAGGGGUAAUUUGUAUAUUUCUUAUCAUAGUAAUAAUGAAAGAACCGAAACGCGGCGAAGCAGAAACAAUAAACCGUUCUGAGGAUUCUAACAAUAAUAUCAAAACUUCAUACUGGCAGGACAUCAAAGAAAUUUCUAAAAUUCCAACAUACGUGUACUCCACGUUAGCUUACACAUCUGUGGUAUUCGUAACAGGCACAUUAUCUUGGUGGGGACCAGCGGCUGUUGAACAUUCAACUGCUAUGAGCAACAAUUUAAACAGCACGAAUGAUCUUAGCAGUGACGAGAAAAAUAGCAUAGCAUUCAAUUUUGGUUUGAUAACAGUCGCUGGUGGAAUUUUGGGUGUCUCAGCUGGUUCAUUUCUUGCGCAACUUUGGUCACAAGGUAAAUGGUGCUGCAAACCGAUACAAAGUGUUCGGUCAAAUGCUCUGAUUUGCGCUUUUGGCUCGUUGUUCGCAGUCCCCUGCCUUUUUGCUAGUCUUCACUUAACUUCAACAGAUAUCGGUCUAGCCUGGGUGUUCUUCUUUUUAACGAUUGUAUUGUUGUGCAUGAAUUGGGCGAUCAAUGUUGACAUGCUUCUUGAUAUCAUAGUACCCGAACGCCGAAGCAUUGCAAACUCAUGGCAAAUACUCAUAUCGCACCUGUUUGGAGAUGCUUCUGGGCCUUACAUUAUUGGCUUGGUAUCUGACUGGAUUCGAGGAUCCAAUAACGGUCCAUCGGCUUCUUCUAAAUCGUUGAUUAAAGCUUUCUACAUCCCAAAUGUUAUAUUAAUUAUUAGUGUAGCACUUUUCUGUAGUGCAGCAGCAUUCUUUGUGCGCGAUCGAGAGAUAUUUUUGCAGAAAAUGGGCUAUUCAAAAUCUGCUACUCGAAGUGCAUCCUACAACGGUAAAAAUGUCAGCAUUAAAAACGGAGAAGUGAAUAACGCAUAUUACUAA